ACGCAGAAAGCACGUGUCCAACUAAUGGCAGAAAGCAAUUGCACCCAAGCGACUGAGUUCAGCUUAACGGGGUUCACAGAGGACCCAAUGACUCAGGUCACCCUCUUCCUGAUGUUUCUGCUCACCUAUCUUGUCACCAUCCUGGGGAACCUUGGGAUGAUCGUGUUAAUCAGGGCCAGCCCUCAGCUCCACUCCCCCAUGUAUUAUUUCUUGGCUAACCUGGCUUUUGUAGACCUCUGCUCUUCCACCGUCAUCACCCCCAAGAUGUUGGUUGACUUUGUAUCAGAGAAGAAGGGCAUUGCUUACGCUGGGUGCGUGGCUCAGGUGUUCAUUUUUGAUCUUUUUGGGAUGACCGAGUGCUUCCUGCUGGCUAUGAUGGCGUACGACCGUUACGUGGCCAUUUGCCAUCCCCUGGUGUAUGCCCUUGUCAUGUCCCCAAAGUGCUGUUUCCAGCUGGUGACUGGGUCAUACCUCGUGGGGCUGACAAAUGGCAUGGGGCAGACUAUCAGCAUGUCCAAUUUAUCCUUCUGCGGCUCCAGCGUCAUUGACCUGUUCUUCUGCGACAUUUCCCCUCUGAUAUCACUCUCAACCUCCGACACCACCCUCAGCGACAUUAUCCUAAGAACUUCAGCAUCUUUAUUCGGUGUGUCCAGCAGCCUGGUUGUCCUGGUCUCCUACGUGGCCAUCAUCUCCACCAUCCUGAGCAUCAGUUCAGCCGAGGGCAAGCGCAAAGCCUUCUCCACCUGCGCUUCCCACCUCACCACUGUGAGCAUCUUCUACGGGACAUCGCUUUUUAUGUACUUAAAGCCCAGCUCAGACAGCUCAAGAGAAGAUAAAUGGGCCGUGGUGCUCUACACUGUGGUGACUCCCAUGCUGAACCCCUUGAUCUACAGCCUGAGGAAUAAGGAGGUGAAGGAGGCUUUGAAGAGACUCACAAAAAUAAAAUAUCUUGAAUGUUCAAGAAAAAUACAGAUGACAGUAAACUACCCGUUUUGUGAUGAUGAUGAGUGCCUGGACACAGCCAUAGCAAGCAAGGUUCCCCUCUCUUCAUCAUCUCACAUGUCUCCAGAUGUGUUCAUCAGGACCUACUGA